AGGCGCUGCUGACUCACCUUUCUUUUCUUUUCCAGAUCUUGGCUAUCGUGUCCAUCUUGUUCAUCGUCCUCUCCACCAUCGCGCUGUCUCUGAACACGCUGCCAGAGCUGCAGGAGAUGGAUGAAUUCGGACAGCCCAAUGACAACCCCCAGCUGGCCCACGUGGAGGCCGUGUGUAUUGCCUGGUUUACCAUGGAGUACCUUUUACGGUUCCUGUCCUCACCCAACAAAUGGAAGUUCUUCAAAGGCCCACUGAACGUUAUCGACUUGCUGGCCAUCUUGCCCUAUUACGUCACCAUCUUCCUCACCGAGUCCAACAAGAGUGUGCUACAGUUCCAGAACGUUCGCCGCGUGGUCCAGAUCUUCCGGAUCAUGCGGAUCCUCCGGAUCCUGAAACUCGCUCGGCACUCGACGGGCCUGCAGUCCCUGGGCUUCACCCUCAGGCGGAGUUACAAUGAACUGGGCUUGCUGAUCUUGUUUCUGGCCAUGGGGAUAAUGAUAUUCUCCAGCCUGGUAUUUUUUGCCGAGAAGGACGAGGAUGCUACCAAGUUCACAAGUAUCCCGGCUUCCUUUUGGUGGGCCACCAUCACCAUGACGACUGUCGGUUAUGGAGACAUUUACCCGAAAACGUUAUUAGGGAAAAUUGUGGGAGGUCUCUGCUGUAUCGCAGGGGUUCUAGUGAUCGCCCUUCCCAUCCCAAUCAUUGUGAACAAUUUUUCUGAGUUUUACAAGGAGCAGAAACGCCAGGAGAAAGCCAUUAAGAGGAGAGAGGCUCUGGAGCGUGCCAAGAGGAACGGAAGUAUCGUGUCUAUGAACUUAAAGGACGCCUUUGCUCGAAGUAUGGAGCUGAUAGACGUGGCCGUAGAGAAGACUGGAGAGUCGGCCAACACCAAGGGCUCCACAGAUGACAAUCACCUCUCUCCAAGCCGGUGGAAGUGGGCCAGGAAGGCUCUAUCGGAAACCAGCUCCAACAAGUCUUACGAGAAUAAGUACCAGGAGGUCAGCCAGAAAGACUCCCAUGAACAGCUGAACAACACUUCUUCCUCCAGCCCGCAGCAUCUGAGCGCCCAGAAGCUGGAGAUGCUGUACAAUGAAAUCACCAAGACGCAGCCUCACUCUCACCCGAACCCCAAUAGCCAGGAGCAGGCCGAGAGGCCGUCCGCCUACGAGGAAGAGAUAGAGAUGGAGGAGGUGGUCUGCCCGCAGGAGCAGCUGGCGGUGGCACAGACCGAGGGCGUCGUGGACAUGAAGAGCACAUCCAGUAUCGACAGCUUCACCAGCUGCGCCACCGACUUCACGGAGACGGAGAGGUCGCCCCUGCCGCCGCCCUCCGCGUCCCACCUGCAGAUGAAGUUCCCACCCGACCUCGCCGGGAUAGAAGAGCACCAAAGAGCCAGGGGCCCCCCCUUCUUAGCCCUAAUCAGGGAGAAGGGGCCCGCGGCCAGGGAGGCCACUCCAGAAUAUGCUCCGAUCGACAUAACUGUGAACCUCGACGCCGCCGGCGGGCCCCAGGGUGGGCCCCACGGCCCCCUGCCGACGGACAGUGCCUCCGAGAGCCCCAAGAGCUCGCUAAAAGGCAGCAACCCGCUCAAGUCCAGAUCGCUCAAGGUCAACUUCAAGGACAGCAGAGGCGGAGCCCCGCCAACCCCGCCCAGCACAGCCAGGCCGCUGCCGGUCACCGCGGCGGACUUUCCACUCACCGCCCCCCAGCUCAUCAGCACCAUCCUCUUAGAAGAAACCCCCUCCCAGGGAGAUAGACCCUUGCUGGGCGCUGAGGUUCAUUGUCAAGGACCCUCCAAAGGGCUGACGCCUCGGUUUCCCAAGCAGAAACUCUUUACUUUCUCCACCAGAGAGAGGAGGAGCUUCACGGAAAUCGACACAGGGGAAGAUGAUGACUUCUUAGAGCUUCAGGGGACCACAAGGCGGGACAAGCAGGCAGACUCCAGCCCAAACUGCUUGACAGAUAAGCCUAGUGAUGGAAGAGACCCUUUAAGAGAAGAGGCCUGUGUGGGCUCUUCCUCUGCCCAGGACACAAGUCACAACUGUAGACAAGAUGUUUACCAUGGUGUGGCAGAAGUGAAAAAGGACAACAGUCAAGAAGGGUGCAAGAUGGAAAACCAUUUGUUUGCCCCAGAAAUUCAUUCCAACCCGGGAGACACAGGUUACUGCCCCACACGUGAAACCAGCAUGUGACUAGUUACAAAAGCAAUAACAACACUAAAACAAACAAACAAACAAAAAAAAACUUGUUUCUUAAAAAUGCGGUUAAUAAUGCCUGUGAACUAAAACGUGGGAAGCCCCUCCCUCCCAAAAAAAGUGCAUAAAAUGUUAUUUUUGCAUGGCAUGAACAGUUUAGUUUCAGUACUGUUUAAAUAAAGAAUCAAGACUCCAUUUUUGUAACAAACAAAAAUGACUGAAGAACACUGAACAAAUAAAGAGAGCUCUAUUAGGAACCGUA